AAUGGUCACAUUGGCCAAAGGCAGGACACAAAGACAAGUGAGGAUAGUUUACCGGACUCCUUCUUUGACAAGGCACAUACAGUGGUAUGGGAUCCAGAGGAUGACCUUGGUGGAGAGGAGGUGGUGGUUAUAAAAUGGAAUUAUGUUGAUGAGGAUGUCACACAGAGCACUGAGGUGAGUGGAGCACCUAUGCAGGAUGUACAGCUCCUAUUGCCUUCACAUGAUGGCCUGCCUACACUGGAUGAGCAGCAGUCCAUACAUGAGGAGGCAGUGCCAACUGCCCAGCAGGACAGUGAGCUGAAUUUCGAUUUGCCCUCAGAUUCAAACAACCAGUUUUCAUCAUCAACAUCAGCCAGCAACCCAGGAAAUCCACAGACCACACGACGUGCUUCAAUUUGCAGGAUAAAGGUUGUUGAUGAUCUUUUGGCUGUAUUUAUAGACAGCAGCAUCAUGAAUAUGACUUUAAAGAUGGACUUUGUAAAUGAAAAAGCUAUUGAUGAUGCUGGAGUGUGCAGGGAGGUGUACACAGCCUUCUGGGAGCAAUUUCUUGAACAGUGUGAAGGGGAAACAGAACGAGUUCCAAGGCUCAGGCCAGAUUUCUCUGAGGCUGAAUGGCAAGCAGUUGGACGCAUUUGGGUGAAAGGAUUUGUAGACCAUGGUGUCAUGCCAGUGAAGCUAUCGGUGGCUUUCAUUUUAGCAUGCAUCAGUGGAAUUGACUCUGUUGAUACAGACAUCUUAAUAUCAUCGUUUCUCAACUACCUACUUCCCAUCGAGAGAUCAGAUGUUGAGAAGGCUCUCGAAGGCACAAUGGAAGAAAGUGAUCAAUAGGACUUGCUCGACCUUUUCACACGGAUGGGUUCCCAUUUCCUACCUCCAAAGAACAGCAUGAAGUCUGCCAUAGAAACAAUGGCUCACAAAGCUAUUCUCCAAGAGCCAAAGUAUAUAGCUGAUUGCUUCUCCACCCCCAUGUCACUUAUAAAGUUGAAACUGCCAGAUAAGGAAAGCGUGUUGAGUCUGUAUGAGUUAAAGAAAGCCACAGGCAAAAGAGUGAUGCAGCUGCUUGAAACAACAAACAUGGUGCUGUCUCAAAGAGAACAAGCAACCUUUAACCAUCUCCAACGUUAUGUGAAAAAUGCUGAUCAAGUCAAAGCUGAGAAAAUCCUGCGCUUCUGCACAGGUUUCUCUGUCAUAUGUGUUGAACAUAUGUUGCUUUAAUGUUGAAACUGGGCUCAACAGAAGGCCUGUUGCUCACACCUGUGGAGCUACACUCGAAGUGCCGAGUACAUACAGUUCUUACCCAGAAUUUCGUACAGAGUUUGACAACAUCCUGUCCAGCAACUACUUAGAAAUGGACAUCAUUUGAACUUGAGAGCAAUCUUGAUCAGUGUUACGAUCCAACCUCUAGGGGCUGGCUGGAUGCAACAAAAUAACCAGAUGUUAUUAGUUUAGGUUAAGGGAUUUAUUGCUUAGUAGUAAAAGGAACGGAAGAGUGACAAUAAAACACAAGACAAGUGGGUGUUGCUAAAACAAAGAACAGAAUAAAACAUAACAAAGGCUAACAGAGUUUGAAACUAAGCUAAACACAAAGAAAACAACUAAACUCCUUAGCCAAACCGAACUACAAAAGCAACACCCACCACCAGAAACAAAAGCUAAUACAAAAGGUGUACGAAUCAAACUAAACAGAACUGGUGCCUCCGAAUAAGUAUACAUACUGAGCGUAGUUCACAGAAGCUCAGUAUACGAAGUGGCUUCUACACGUAAUUGGCCGACUACAAAAGAGGAGCCUCAGUCUCCACUGACACAUAGGCCUCCACACUAAACAAAAGCCGCCAACAGAAAGGUCGGAGUUGUUUGGGCACAACCACAAGUGCUUCCAGACCGAAAGACCACACAGAACAGUGAUACAAAGCCACAAUACAAAGAGAGCACCAGGGUGGACUGGUCAAAGUACUAGCCACCACGACUGAUGGUAUGGUGGGGCUUUAUAGGUCGCAGGUGUGGUGCUUGGCUGCCUCCGAUUGGUCCGAGGAGGAGGAGCUGGAGGGUGGUCCAAUCAGGAUGGUCGAAGGGCGGGGAGAACCAGACGGAAGCGCAGGUCAUCAGCUCUGUGUGUCAUCAGCUGAAACGGCCGGCAGCUGGGGUUCUAGAGACUCUGAAAAAGUCACAACUGAACCCACACACAAACAUUUCUCUCACACGAAGGCCCCAACAAAACACCCCCUUAAAACAGACGGCACACCAAUACUGGUGGCCGUAACAAUCAGGCCAAAUAGUAACAGGCCUCAUUGUAUGGCUGAGUCUAUUUUAUUAAUUUUUUAAUUUAUUUUUUAUGUCUGUUUUUGUUGUCAUUUAAACAUCUGAUGCACUGAACGUUGUAGUAAGCAGUCUUUCAUCUCAUUUUAUAUUCAGCUAUAAUUCUAUUUUUCUAUUGGUGCAGUAGUACACCUCCAUACUUUUACAUGGAUUUUAUAUUUUGAAUUAUACUUUGAAAAUGACUGCAGCAUUCAUUUCCAUCAGUUUGAGUUUAACCCAGCUUUAAUGCUGAACUUGUUCCUAAAAAGCAUAUUAGUGUAAUGUUCUGUAAUUUACAGAGUUGUCCAUCACUGGUAGAAUUGUUAAUUGUUGAUGUUAAAGUCAUGCCAGUUGGUUGCUUAUUCAGAGACAGUUUGAAACUCAAUGUUGAGAUACCAAUGAGCGGUCCUGUUUACAAAUUGUAUAAGCUGAUUAUGCCUGUGUGAGAUGGCCUUAAGAAUGAUUGUAAUAUUUCCAUUAUAUUACUUGA